GGAAAAUUGACAGUGAACCUUUAUCAACUGCUGCGAUGGCGAUGGAUGCCAUUACGCAGCGUGUCAUUGGAACAUUCCUCGCUGGCAUGGGAAUGGCCUUUGUGAUAUGCUCCACCGUAACCUGGUCGCGAAAGUUUAACAGAAAUCGAAACAAGCUUCUGCAGCUAGUAGUGCUCCUCCUUGCGUUCCUAUUCAACGCUUUGAUGCUAGUCGUCGCCAUGGACUUUAUAAAGCUGCAAAUUUCAGCACGCACGACGGUUGCCGCUUUCUGCAAUACCAGGAUCAGCACGACCGCACAGUACAUUUACAUGUAUUUCAUGACGAUACGACUGUUCUCCGUUCUAGAAGGGCGACAGCGUUUUGCUAGGGCGCUUGGCUAUUUAGUGGCGGGGCUAAUCGUCUGUUCGUGCCUGCUCAAUGACGGGGCAAACUUUUAUUCCCUCUCCCAAUCGAAAAUGAACAUUGUCCUCUUCACCAACAAUAAGUACUUUAAUCAAAUCGCCAAAGGUUCAUCAACAACCGGAACCCUCCUUUACACCGUCAUGCUGACCGUCACCGACAUUCUCCUCCUCACCAAAAUAAAGGGAAUCAAAGCAACCCUCUCCGGAGGCAAGAGCAGAGGCAUGGCAUCGCAUCAGAGGGUGCAGAUAGCCAUUCUUCUCAUUGCCAUCUGUGGAAAGAUCACAGAAAGCGUCCUAAAGAUCCUCAGUAUGGCGACAACGUACAUGAGUCUGGAUUCUUACUUUCGUGGUACGAACAUGGCGAUCGAGAUUUGGCAGCUUGUCGAGCUGGGUGUUACAGUUCAAGAUGUCAUGACCCCAAAAUCAGACGCAAGCAGCAUUACAAGCAGGGGUGCACAUCGUUCGGGGACGUGA